UGCAAAGACUGUGAUUGUCAGUAGUAAACUGCGAUCGACAUUCAUCCAGCAUCUGGUAUGCUCAUGGUGAAGCCCAACACCACCAUCCUCAUCGCAGUGCGCAGAGCCAUCGCUACCAAUUGAAUUACACCUGACGCGUCGCAAACCCGUGUCAAAACCUCUUUCCUAUUCUAUUGCCCACCUUCCCACCCAGCGCGUGCCUCUGCGCCUUCCAUCUUUCAAUAUGCCCAAACUCGCUGAUGACUCUUCCUCUGACGUCGGCAGUGACGCAGAGAUGCAGAAUGUUCCUGUGACUUCUGACGUCGGUGCUACUGCUCAUCUCAACGGCGACUUGAAUGACGAUCUUGACGAGGCUGCGCCUGCGCGUACAACAAAGCCGGAGGACAAUGAAGACGAGGACAAUGAUGACGGCGACAACGAUGAUGAUGACAGCGAGCAAGAAGAUGAAUACGUCGUCGAAGCCAUCCGAGGCCAUUCAUAUAUCAAGAAUAAGCUCUUGUACGAAAUCAAAUGGGUGGGUUAUUCCGAGUCAGAGAACACGAUGGAACCCGAAUCAAAUCUACUACCACACGCUCGCGACAUACUAGCCAAGUACAAGGAAACCCUAGACGAAAUCCCUCCCCUAGUCCUCAAAAAGACAAAAUCAAAACAGUCCCUUCGCCGCGAGCCAUCGACAGAAGAUUCUCCAGCUCCGCCAUCAAAGCGCCAGAGGAAGAAUGGUGCUGAUCGGUCUACGGGUGAGCGAGAGGAGACCUGGACACCAAGCAAGGAAGACUGGGAGCCCUUUGUCGUUCGGGUCGAUGCCGUGGAGAGAGGUGAUGAUGGCCAACUGUUGGCAUACAUCCUUUUCAAGAACAACAAGAAAACAAAAGUAAGUAUGGAUAAGGUCUACCGACACUGUCCUCGUCCCAUGUUAAGAUUCUACGAAGCCCAUCUCAAGUUCAAGUAAGUAUGUUUCGAGAUGAAAUGCAUUUCAAUUGUUUUUAUUCAUUGUACUCAUCUUCCUCAGUUGAUUUGACCCUGAAGCAACUCCCUCUUUCUCUGUAAAAGUACAACCAGUUCGGUGUUCCGACACUCAAAAGUCCAAAUCACCGUUCACUAGCCCGGAAGUUCCCCGUUGCACGUCGAUGUUAAGCAAAUCCAAAGCUUUUUGUUUCUGCACGUCGAGAAGUUGUUGUGCCUAAAAGGGUUGAGACCGCUACGCACUGAACUUGAGGAUGCACCUGGAAAGGAGGGGAGCGUGUGAAAGCUGGCGAUAGGCCCUAACGCGUUGCAUCGCGACGAAGGCCGGUGGUGCCUUGAUCAUCAACACGCGGCGGCAGGUCAUCUCUUGAGAUGAACAGCUUUGAAUUGAAGGGUACUUUGCGAUUCUAGCAUGGCGCUUGAGCGGGCAACGACUUUGAACAGCUUAGCACUGUGGGAUGUGUCGACUGCCUUUGGCUGCUGGUUCUUUUUCUGGAAGUCAGCAACAUUCCAACCGCCAGAUGGGAAUCAAAGACUCGAACACGGAACAUAUAAUGGGUGGAAAUAAUCAUUUCGGCUACUUCAGAGACUUCAUGACCUUGCUCGAGUUUAAAAAUGGUCAACAUUGAGCUUGGUCUCGGGAAAAUGUACAGCAGCACAGGCUCCGACGACUAGGCAGUUCGUCGACUCUGGACAGCAGGAUCGGCUUUUCUGUAUGAAUAACUAAUGCUACACUCCAACCAGCGCACUACAAAUUGAUUGCCCAAGGCAUUGCAUUCAUGCCUUUCCAUGGCCAUACGUUAAAAGCUUUCU